AUGGGAUUUCGACGAAAAGAGUGGGUUAGGCUGGCAAAUGGAGCUGUGCCAUCGGUGCAUGCAAGUCCACCUGCAAAAUCUGGCAGGAGUGAAGAGUCUAACGUUAAUGUUAGCACUAGCAGAGAAUCUGCGCGUCGAAAACGGGAGCUUUGCACAAUUUUGGGAGAGAGUGCUGCCUGCAAAGACGGGGCGGGUGCAACUGCCACUUCAGAUCCUGAUGGAGAUGGAGACAUCUCUACAAUGGACCCUGACCCAGAACUGGUCGAUCGUGGAUCACAGUGCAACAUAAGAUGUGUUCAGGUAAAGCCUCAGAUGGUGGAUGUGGGGAAUCAAACCGAAAGGUUUGAGCAUCGCAGAUCAACUCCACUGGCCAGUCCUGAACAAAGUGAUGAUGAAUGGUCAUUUUCUGAUAUUGUCAACCAUUCUGGUGAUAUGUCAUGGAGUCCAGGGGAGGAGAUGUUGAGAGAGUCCUCUGAGGAGGAACCAGAAGAGCUGGAAUCUCACAGUGACCCAAAUGCUGUUGACAAGUUCAUUGUUUGCCAGAGGCAGUUGCUGUCCUUGUUCACAGUUUGCCCUGCAUGCUGUGGGGAAACCCAGGGACACAUAAUGCACCCGGAAGGAACUUUCAUAAAAGUCAAGCAGGCCUGCGGAACUUGUGGCUAUGAGCGUUACUGGCAAAACCAAGAGAAGGUGCAUCGAAACAUGCCUGUCUGCAACCUUUUACUCAGUGGAUGCUGA